GGAUUGAGUUCGAGAGCCCAGAAAACUAUUUGCCCCGAGUUGCUGGAUGCCCAGUUGUUCAUGAUCCGGACAGCGCGCUACCGCGAAUCCGAGGAAGCUCGCCAAGAAAGCAGCUUAGUCGCUGCCUUUCUCUCUCCUUCACUUCAGAAUUAGGGUUUUGAUUGGCGUCUUUCCUUCUCUCUAAAUCGUCUGGUGUCACGUGAAUACAUAGCAAUGGGUGAGACAGGGAAACGAUUUCGUUCGCAUAGAGACCAUAAUGGGGAUGCUAAGAAUCAAAAGAGACGUUUGAACCACAAUAAUGGAAAGGGCAAUGAUGAAUUGGUUGUUUAUAGGAUACUUUGUCCCGAUGGAGUUAUUGGAAGUGUUAUUGGCAAGGGUGGAAAAGUGAUAAAUGCAAUAAGGCAGGAGACUAAUGCAAUAGUCAAGGUUGUUGAUCCAUUUCCAGGUGCCAAGGAUCGAGUUAUAACAAUUUACUCCUAUAUUAAGGAGAAGGAAGACAUUGAGGUUGAUGAUGAGUUCAGCAACAGGGUGCCUUUAUGUGCUGCCCAAGAUGCUCUUCUCAAAGUUCAUGCUGCUAUUGCAAAAUUUGUGGCAAGUGUUGGAGAUUCUGAAAAGAAGCAUAAGGAUAAGGAAGAAUGCCAAAUCCUUGUUCCAUCAAGCCAAUCUGCGAAUAUCAUUGGUAAGGCUGGGUCUACAAUUAAUAAAUUGAGAAAUAAGACAAGGACAAUGAUCAAGGUCACGCCCAAGGAUGCAACUGACCCAACACACUCAUGUGCCAUGGAUUUCGACAAUUUUGUGAUGAUAUCUGGUGAGUCAGAGGCCGUGAAAAAAGCACUCUAUGCUGUUUCUGCUAUUAUGUACAAGUUCUCUCCUAAGGAGGACAUUCCUCUUGACACAAAUGUACCUGAAGUCCCUCCUAGUAUAAUUAUUCCCUCUGACGUCCCUAUUUAUCCACCUGGUGGAUUAUAUCCAGCUUCAGAUCCUAUUAUGCCACCCAGAUCUCUUCCUCCAAUACUAGGUGCUACAAAUUUACAAGAUCUACAAGAUCUACCGGCUUAUGCGGAUGCAGGAAGUACAUGGUCAUUAUACUCAUCUUCCCUUCCAAUGGUUUCUGGUGUUGGUGGUGUUUCCCAAUCUGAAGAAUUAAUGGUCAGAAUGCUCUGUCCCUCUGACAAGAUUGGGCGUGUCAUUGGGAAGGGAGGGGGUACUAUUAAAAGUAUAAGGCACGCUAGUGGUGCUCAUAUUGAGAUUGAUGAUUCCAAGGCUAAACAUAAUGAUUGCUUGAUUGUUAUAACUGCCACAGAGUCACAAAGUGAUGUUAAGUCCAUGGCAGUUGAAGCUGUUCUAAUGCUACAAGAAAAGAUAAAUGACGAAGAUGAUGCCACAGUUUCAAUCCGGCUACUGGUUCCCUCGAAAGUCAUAGGGUGUAUCAUUGGGAAAGGUGGUUCAAUCAUAAAUGAAAUUCGGAAGAGAACUAAGGCAGAUGUUCGAAUCUCAAAAGGUGAUAAGCCUAAACUGGCAGACACGAAUGAUGAACUGAUUGAGGUGUUUGGUAGUGUUGACUGUGUGAGAGACGCGCUAAUACAGAUUGUCUUAAGACUCAGAGACGAUGUCCUGAGAGAAAGGGACACUGGCCAUAAUCCCUCUGUAGGUGGGGAGCCCUUAUACUCAGGUGGCACUGGUCUUUCUGUUCCAUCUGUGCUGCCUUCAGUUCCUUCUCUUGCUGCUACUACUCCACUGGCUUAUGAUCACAGGGGCGAAAGUGGAAGUGGACUUGGCAUGCUUUCUUCGAGCAACCUGUAUGGAUAUGGAUCUUUGUCGCAGAUGGGAGAAACUGGCUAUGGAUCUGUGUCCUCAUUUGCCUCCAAGGUGUAUGGAGGUUUGCCUCCACCAUUAGCUUUGGAGAUGUUGAUUCCCGCAAAUGCUGUUGGUAAAGUGUUAGGUAAAGGGGGGACAAAUAUAGCCAAUAUCAGAAAGAUUUCAGGGGCAAUGAUAGAGGUUUCUGACUCCAAAUCUUCCCGAGGUGAUCGUAUUGCUCAUAUAUCUGGCACACCUGAGCAGAAGCGUGCUGCCGAGAACUUGAUCCAGGCAUUUAUAAUGGCCACCUGAGUUGUUGGAGUGCUGUAGUUUGGAAGGUGGAAUGAUCAAUUCUUGAAGCAUCUCCUUGUUCCUCUCUUUAGUUCUCCUAGGUUGCUUCCUGAGAGAAAAUAUUCUCUGCAUCAACCUGACCCCUGCCUCUUCUGAAACAGUAACUGUUCCUGAGGUUUCAUCGCUGGUUCUGUAUUUAGGAGUUGUAGUCCCCGUCUUUGUUCUUAAUCUACCCCUCAUCUGCAUUUUCUCGUAGAAAUUUUUAGGACCUUUCUUUCCAUUCAUACUGUUUUGUCUUGACUCAUGCUGAGUCAUCUUUGACUCCAUUAAAUGUUAUCAAAGGAUCCUAGUGAUUGUUUUUAUUUUGAUUCUGGUGGUUAAUGAUUCAUCCUCUUAUUCUCUUAUCCUUUUUUCUUUUAUCUAAAACUUUCUUCCAUGACAGUGCCAAUGAAUGCAGUCACUAUCAAUCUCCUCUUUCCAAUAUUCAUAAUUUAUGCACUUGUACUUGUCAAAACCGGGGAAGUUGCCGUAUGAAUGUGGAGAAAAUUUAGUUCUUCCCCCUUUGUUUCUGUUUUCCAUGGCUUGUACUCCUGGAAUACAGCUGACCAUUUCAAACUGCAUAUAGCCUUUGUUCUGUUUGAUUUUUUGGUCUUCUAGUUUACCUUCUUAUAACACCAUGUGUAUUAUCUUCUAUAUACCUAUAAUCUGAAAAGGUAUUGAGAUUGAUUUUCUGAAACUUGUGUAAAUUCUAUCGUCUUUUGACGGAUGCCGCUCAACUGGAGAAACUAGCCAGCUGCUGAGUCAUAUUGUGGGCUUGUGGGAAGUCUUCCCCUCUUUCAGUAAUUCAUUUUGGUUAAAAAUGAUUUCAUCAGGUCCCAUUAAUUCAAUCAUGGUUGGCAGUUGAAUUAGCAUUUUGAUCUCUAGCUCUGCUGCCUGUGAUUAUUGUCCUGUCAACAAAUCAUUAUCUAUAUCCUCAAGUAAGCUUGAAUAGCAGUUAAUUGGAUUCUUUUCAUCAGUAUAAUACCCAGCUCAGCUUUUGUCAGUCUUAGCUAAACAGAAAUUAAAUUGGCUGGCAAAUGCUGCUUUCAUAUCCUACAUGCAUCUUCAAUUCUGAUCUCGCUUUCUGACUAAUGUGACUCUUCAUUAGCAACUAGGUCAAAUAAUCUCGUUCCAUUUAGGCGUGUUCCUCAUGUCUAUAAUGCCAUCUUCUGCUUAAACAUUGUCUGUCUCAUCCAAGGUUACCUGUAUUUAACAUCAGCACCAAUGUGCUGAAAGCUUCUAAUCCCGUUGAUGUGACUGAACUCUUUCCGACCUUCUCUGUAUUUUCGGUAUUGUCAACUGGAAACUCUUUAGGGGUGAUGUGGAAAUUUUGCCUUACCUCACAAAGUGCAAAGUGCAAAGCGAAACAUUCUCUUGUACUACUCAUCUGAGUUUCUUGGGUAUUAUGGGAACUUAAGCUGUACUCUGAUCUCAGCUCAGUAUAAUCGUGCUCACUAUAAUGUUUUCUUAGGUGUAAACUCUAAAAUCAUAUAGGCCUAGAUGAACCCUUCCUUAGUUUUGAAUUAUUGUAUAUUUUUGUUUACUCACUUCCCCAUAGUUGAUUCUGUAUAUAUCCAUUCUUUCCCUGUAUUCUUUGAUUUUUUUAGUCACUACUCUCAUCAGUAAGGAUAUCAAAAUUAGCUUGGUUUAUCUUGAGGGAUGUCAUGUUACUUUUGUGAGGAAGAUAGUUCACUAGGGGGUAGAAGCAUGCUGAAACUUGAUAUGACAAAUCACCUUGUGAGUUACCAUGUUUAGUUUGUGCAUUGAGUAGCACAAGUAUUUGUAGUUGCAGAUGUAGAUUUGAUUAUCAGUAUGUUCGGGUUUUAGCCUCUUCUACUUGCUCCUUUGGUAGCCUUACAUCCAGCCUACCUGCUGUAAAUACAUCAAUUAUUGUAGUAUAUUAUAUAUGAGACACAAGGAAUUAUGUAUAUACAAUUUUAUUUAAUGAAAGAAUGCCCAUUUCAAUAGGGUUUAUUUA